CGGCGGGAGCGCGCACGGGGCCUGGCGGCCCGCGGCGGGAGCGCGCACGGGGACGGGGCUUCGCUGUUGAGGCCGGAUCGCGGCCCUGGGGAAGAGAACGGAGCGGGUGCUGAGGGAGUAGGAGCUGUCGCUGUUUGGCGCAGCGGUCCCAGCAGCAGCGUGUGUGUGUCUCUGCGUGUCUGUGUCUCUGUGUGUGCGUUCGGUCCUAGAAACCGCCACGUAUUUUUCACACUCAGAAGAAUCUUCAUCUCCAUAGUGAAAUCUUUUGGUGCUUAAGCCUCUUUAAAACUGGAUUUGAUUGUUAAGUGGGCACAAUGACUGACUUUGAAAAGAACCUGCAUCAGGACAUGGUUUCUCAGCUGCAUGACUUUGCUGCUGCUGGAGACGCAGCCAGGCUGAAGGUGCUGCUCAGGCGCUCCCCGUCCCUGGUAAAUGCGGCCGCACGGAAUGGCUGGACAGCCCUCAUGUACGGUGCCAGAAAUGGACACCUCGAGGUUGUGCAGGUUCUUCUUCAAGAAGGGUGUGACAGGUCCAUCGUUAAUAAAUCAAGGCAGACAGCUCUGGACAUCGCUAAAUUUUGGGGGCACAAACACAUAGCUAAUUUGUUGGCUAAUGUGAAAGGUGAUCAGAAGCCUAGUUUUUUGUCAAAUGGUGUGAAAGAAUAUGAAAAUUAUUUCGGAAUGACGCUUCUGGACAGAAGGAGUGAUAAAAGAACAGAUUCCAAGUGGCUAAGUAAAAAACAGUGCCAUCCAGCUACAGUAUACAUCCUCUUCUCAAACCUAAGUCCCUUGGUUACUUUGGGUGGGGGAAGAGAGAGCUCGCAGCAACCAGAAGUAAAGCUUUGCAGGCUGUACUGGAAGGAUGUGGAACAGUGUAUGAACCAAACUGAAGAAUGUACCUUGAUUUUUCUUGGAGUUGAACUUCAAUUUGACAUGACCCUGAUGGCUGCUUGCAAUGGGAAAGUUCUGCAAGAAGAUGAAGAUGGGUUAGUUGCUUGGUUUGCUCUUAGCAUAGAUUCUGCUUCUGCUGAAAAAUUUAAACAGAAGCAUGAGGCCUAUUACUUUCUUCACCCGCCAAUGCCAGCACUACUGCAGCUACCUGAAAAAGAAGCUGGAGUAAUAGCCCAGGCGAGAUCUGUUCUAGCAUGGCACAACCACUACCGAUUCUGCCCAACAUGUGGGAGUGCAACCAAGAUUGAAGAAGGAGGUUACAAGAAAACUUGCUUAAAAGAAGAUUGUCCCAGUCUCCAAGGAGUUUACAACACAUCAUAUCCAAGAGUUGAUCCUGUCGUGAUAAUGCAAGUCAUCCAUCCAGAUGGGAACCACUGCCUUUUAGGAAGGCAGAAGAGGUUUCCCCCAGGAAUGUUUACUUGCCUUGCUGGAUUUGUAGAACCUGGUGAAACCAUAGAAGAUGCUGUUCGAAGAGAAGUAGAGGAGGAGGCUGGAGUCAAAGUUGGCCAUGUUCAGUACGUCUCUUGUCAGCCAUGGCCAAUGCCCUCCUCCUUAAUGAUUGGCUGCUUAGCUGUUGCAGUGUCCACAGAAAUUAAAGUUGACAAGAAUGAAAUAGAGGAUGCCCGCUGGUUCACUAGAGAACAGGUCGUGGAAGUUCUUAUUAAAGGAAACCAGCGUUCUUUCUUUGUACCACCAAGUCGAGCUAUUGCACACCAGUUGAUAAAACACUGGAUUGGAAUGAAUGCUAAUCUUUAAUUCAAGUAAUUGAUUUCUUUAAGUUACUUCUUCUAUUGAAUGCUUAAUUAGGAAUAAAUUAGAAUUGUUUGUCUAGCAAAUGUGUAACCAUGUGACUUUCUGAGCCUUUACUUUGGUUCCAGAGCUAAACUAUGCAAAUCUUUUUAGGUGUUUUCAGACCUGAAUUAGAUUUGGACAAAACCCAGUAAUUAUCCCAAGCAAGCAAGCAACAAAUUAGUAGAAUUAGUAUGUUGUUGUGCACAGGCUGGGAUUUUGUUCUAGAAUGAAAUUACUGUGCCUUUUGCUCUUACAAUUUUUAUGUUUGAUUUGGUCUUCCCCCACUGUAAGGAGUCACAGCAUUACAAAGAGGGCUGUCUGACCCUGCCUGCUGUUUGAAUUCUCUACUUACGUCCUCCUGUUUGGCCUUAAUUAUUUCUUUCUCAUUUUUGCCUAUCUCCAUUCUUUAAAUUUCACCUGUGAUAAAAAUCUACAUUCAUUUUAAAGUUAAUAGCAUAUGUAAAUAGUGAAUAUGUGGUACUUCAUAUCUUUUACAUUAAUAACCUAAUUUACAUUAAUGCUCUAAGAAGAGCAUUUACUCAUCCAUUCUGAUUUGGCCUGCACUUACCCAAUGGUAUGUCAGUCUGAAUUUACAGGUAUAACACAACACUUUGUUUGUGAAAAAGAUUUUGGAGAACCAUCCCCAAAAGCCUAAGUAUUAAUGUUUUUAUAAGAUAAUAAUGUACUUAUUGACACUAGGCAGUGAGUCAUUUCAUUCUCUGAUAAUUAGAAAUGAAAUUACGGAGUAAUGGAGGAGGAAGAACAAGACAUAUCAUCUCAAAAUAUGCACAAAGUUCUUUAUGGAAAUAGAGAUACUAAGAUUAUUACUGCUAUUAAGAAUCUUACACUUGAAAUAAGUAUAUUAACUGCAGCUGUAAGACUGGGAAAGCAAUAUGUUAUUUAUUUAUGUGUAUUUAAUGCUACAGUUCAGAUUUGUGCUUUAAUUUAUCAAGUUAUUUAAGAUAAUGUUGAUAUUUUGAAAAUAAAAGUCUACUGGUUUAUUAUUAAUUUCAUUAUGUAAUAGUUCAUAGUCUGAUAUUCUGUAGUCAUUGCAGUGAUACCAAAAGAAAUGCAAAUGACCUGAGGAAAAUGCAAUUACAGUGAUAAACUUAUUAUUAUAUGGCAAUUUGUUUAUUUGGAGUAAUUUAAAUUGUUUUUAACAGUGAAUGAUGUCAUAUUUUUUCCAAAAUUCUCAGCAAUCUGGAAUCAAUAAAACUGUUCUACAAA